AUGACAGCGUGUAAUACGACAACAAUAACUAUUCAACCUAAUGAUAGUGAAAAACUGUUUUAUAGUGAUCUUGAUAAAUAUAUAGAUUCAUUAAGUGUUAAAUUUCGAGAAAAAAGUGUCAUAAAGAAGAAAGUUUGUGAGGAUAUUGUGCAAGCAUUAUUAUUACAAAAAGGUAAGACAUCUGGUUCAUUUUCUCCAAAAUUUGUUUUUUGGGCGAAACAAAAUUUUUUAUUGUUGAAAAUAGUGGGUAUUGAUAUUGCAUGUUGUGUAAAAACAAAAAAGCCUGUCUGUAUUUAUGAAUCUUUCUUCAAUGUAAUAAGCGAAUGUCAUGUCUCGGUUUCUCAUGGUGGUCGCGAUAAAACUGUUUGUGACUUUUCCGUAAAUUGGAAAGAAUAG